AUGAACUACAUCUCCCGGCAGGCCUUGCGAGCGCCCCCCGACCAGCACCGUCCCCGGGGCCGCGAGCCUAAAUGGACUACAACUCCCGGUAAAGCGGCCGGAAGUGACGUCACUCAGCCCCCCGCCGGCCCCGCCCGAGCCGAGCGGGCGGAAGUGACGUCAUCGCGUCGCACGCCGGGGCCCGCGCGUUCGCUCUCGCGAGACUCCCUCGGAGCCGCGGGCGCGCGGGGGGGGGGUCACGUGCCUUCGCCUCAGGUGACCCGCGGCCCCGACAUGGCGGCCGUCGUCCUGUCAGCGCUGCUCGGCUGCCUGUUGGCGGUGGCUGCCGCAGGACGGACCUCCCUGGACGACGACCUGCUCCUGCCGUAUCCCCGGGCCCGGGCCCGCCCGCCCAGGACCGACCGGCCCGUCCCCGCCGGCCCUGGCCCCCGGGAGACCUGGCCCCCGGCCCCCGCCGGCCGGGCCCCCGGCCCCCCGCUGGUCCGCUCUUUCGUCUCCUACUUCCCGGCCGGCGGUGGGGGCCCGGCGCGGCCCGUGUCCGGACACCUGACGGUGGCGGCGGCCCCCCUGCGGAGCUUCUCGGUGCUGGAGCCCGGGGGGCCGGGGGGCUGCGCCGCCGCCCGCCGCCGGACCGUGGAGGAGACGGCCCGGGCCGCCCGCUGCCUCGUGGCCCAGAACGGCGGCUUCUUCCGCCCGGAGACGGGCGAGUGUCUGGGCAACCUGGUGAGCGACGGGCGGCGCGUGCGGGCCGCGGGGGGGCCGCAGAACGCGCAGUUCGGGAUCCGCCGGGACGGGACCCUGGUCACCGGAUACUUGACGGAGGAGGAGAUGCUGGAUGAGGAGAAUCCAUUUGUGCAGUUGGUGAGCGGGGUCGUCUGGCUCUUGCGGGCCGGACGCAGCUACGUGAACGAAAGUCUGGAGGUGGAGUGUGACAAGACUCAGGAGACAGGGACGUUCGCCAAGUUCGCCAGCGUGGUGUCGGCCCGGACGGCUCUGGGCCACGACGAGGAGGGGCGGUUGGUACUCUUCCACGCCGACGGGCAGACGGACCGCCGGGGCAUUAACCUGUGGGAGAUGGCCGAGUUCCUGAAGGAGCAGGGAGUGGUGAACGCCAUCAACCUGGACGGCGGAGGGUCCGCCACAUUCGUGGUCAACGGGACCCUGGCGAACUACCCGUCCGAUCACUGCCGAGAGGACAGCAUGUGGCGCUGCCCCCGCUCCGUCUCCACCGUGGUGUGCGUCCACGAACCCCGCUGCCAGCCCCCCGACUGCAGCGGACACGGGCACUGCGUCCAGGGGGCCUGCCGCUGCACGGGGGCCUUCUGGGCCGGCCCCAGCUGCAACGUGCUGGACUGCGGCCCCGCCAACUGCAGCCUGCACGGGCUGUGCAGUGACGCUGGCUGCCUCUGUGACGCCGGUUGGACGGGCAGUAACUGCAGCGAAGCCUGUGCCCCCGGCUCCUUCGGGAACGGCUGCACCCAGCAGUGUUGGUGUCAGAAUGGAGCCACGUGCGACCCCGUCCACGGGACGUGUUCCUGCCCCGCCGGCUUCCACGGGGACGCCUGCGCCCAGGCGUGUCCCCUCGGCUGGUACGGCCCCAACUGCCAGCAGCCGUGUGAGUGUGAGAACACGUGUCCCUGCGAUCCGGAGACAGGCAGCUGCAACCUCACUCGGUCUCCCGCCAUCCACGAGCUGCUCUCGAGAGCUGGUCAGUGUCUGGCUCCCUCCCUGAGGAGAGAUGACCCUCACAUCACUGAGGCUGCCUGGCUUGCCCUCACAGUGGCUCUGGCCCUGCUCCUGGCGGUUAGCGUGGCGAUCAACGUGAAGCUGGCUCUGGGCCCCAGGACCCCUUCGCCGCGGUGCCCGGACAGGCGGUACGCGUACGUGCCCCUGCAGGAGACCAACGGAGAGGUCCCGCCGCCACCGCCGGAGAAGGAGCCGCCGGGGGAAACACAGGAGCCCAGCCAGCCUGAGAUGGUGGCUCUGCUUUAGGGUUGGGGGGAGUUGGCUGCCCGUCACCCACGUGGCCUGUGGGCUACCUCGGAGGGGCUUCGGGGGAGGGCAAGGACCCAGCCCAGGCACAGCUCCCCGGCCCGGGCCCGUUCUGGAGCGACUGUGUCGGUCCCUCAGCCUCGGGGAGCGCUCACACACAAAAACAUUGACACUCAGUCCCCCUGGCUCCGGUCUUGCCGAAGCACGCUGUCACUCACACACACACACAUAUACACACCACCCCGCUCUUCCUCCCGCCCCUCUGCAGUCUGCCAGAAGGCCACCCCCGCACGAGCACGCACAAACCCACACCCCAAUCUGCCUGGAGUUCACACACAUCCUCCCCAGGCUGCCAGGAGCGUUGUCUGUCACAAACACACACACACACACGCACCACCCCACCUCCCUCUCCCCCCACCGGUCUGCCAGGAGCACACGCACACUCUUGCCCCCACACACACACACACGCCCACCCCAGUCCAUAAUAAUAAUAAUGAUGGCAUUUAUUAAGUGCUUACUA